UACAGCCUCCACUCGGUUCCGCAGUACGGCUUCCUGCAGGUUCCUCCAGCUGCUGUCGCCCUCGCUUCUUUUUAUUCCGCGGCCCUAAUGGAGGAGGAGGAUGAGGAAGCGCGGGCGCUGCUGGCAGGCAGCCCCGACGAGGUCGGCAGAGGUGCCCCUGCUGCCCUCGGGACGCUGCCGGCCCUCUGCGACCCCAGUCGUCUGGCACACCGACUUUUGGUGCUGUUGUUGAUGUGCCUUCUUGGCUUCGGCAGCUAUUUUUGUUAUGAUAAUCCUGCUGCCCUUCAGACUCAGAUUAAACGGGAUAUGCAGGUGAAUACCACCAAAUUUAUGCUGCUGUAUGCCUGGUAUUCUUGGCCCAACGUAGUUCUUUGUUUCUUUGGUGGCUUUUUGAUAGAUCGAGUGUUUGGAAUAAGAUGGGGCGCCAUUAUUUUUAGCUGCUUUGUUUGCGUUGGACAGGUUCUUUUUGCUCUGGGUGCAAUAUUUAAUGCUUUUUGGCUGAUGGAAUUUGGAAGGUUUGUGUUUGGGAUUGGUGGGGAGUCCUUAGCAGUUGCCCAGAAUACAUAUGCUGUGAGUUGGUUUAAAGGCAAAGAAUUAAACCUGGUGUUUGGACUCCAACUUAGCAUGGCUAGAAUUGGCAGUACAGUAAACAUGAACCUCAUGGGGUGGCUGUAUUCUAAGAUUGAAGCUUCGUUGGGUUCUGCGGGUCACACAACCCUUGGCAUCACACUUAUGAUCGGGGGUGUAACAUGUAUUCUUUCACUAAUCUCUGCCUUGGCCCUUGCUUACUUGGAUCAGAGAGCAGAAAGAAUCCUUCAUAAAGAACAAGGAAAAACAGGGGAAGUUAUUAAGCUGACAGAUGUGAAGGACUUCUCCUUACCCCUGUGGCUCAUAUUUAUCAUCUGUGUCUGCUAUUACGCUGUGGUGUUCCCUUUUAUUGGGCUGGGGAAAGUUUUCUUUAUAGAGAAAUUCGGAUUUUCCUCCCAGGCGGCAAGUGCAAUUAACAGUGUUGUGUAUGUCAUAUCAGCUCCCAUGUCCCCAAUAUUUGGGCUUCUGGUGGAUAAAACAGGGAAGAACAUCAUCUGGGUUCUGUGUGCAGUGGCGACCACCCUUGCUUCCCACAUGAUGUUGGCCUUUACGCUGUGGAACCCUUGGAUUGCUAUGUGCCUCCUGGGACUCUCCUACUCACUGCUUGCCUGUGCAUUGUGGCCAAUGGUGGCAUUUGUAGUCCCUGAACAUAAGCUGGGAACUGCGUAUGGCUUCAUGCAGUCCAUUCAGAAUCUUGGGUUGGCGAUUAUUUCCAUCAUUGCUGGCAUACUCUUGGAUACUCGGGGAUAUUUAUUUUUAGAAGUUUUCUUCAUUGCCUGUGUUUCUUUGUCACUUUUAUCUGUGGUCUUGCUGUAUUUGGUGAACCGUGCCCAAGGUGGUAACCUAAAUUAUUCUGCAAGGCAAAGGGAAGAAAUAAAACUUUUUUCUCAUACUGAAUGAGAAGUUUAAAAGGCUGUGUCACAAGAAGGUGGAUUCCCAUACCUUUGUUGGAAAAUCUCCAUUUUUUAAAUUUAGAGUUUAGUCAUUAGGGAAAAUAAUGGACUGAAUAGUUAUUAUAUUAAUAUUUUGAAUAUACUUUUCUCAAAGUGUAUUUGUGAGGAUUAUUUUAGCCCUGUGUCCUUUGUAUUGGGAAUUGCUGAAGAAUUCUAUUUUAGAAUAUGCUAAUCAACAGUGAAGAGUUUGAAAAAAUGCUUUGGAAUAUGCAGGUAGAUUCUUCAAUAAGGACAGUAAAUAAUGGAAAAUAUUGUAUCUUCUGUUGAGAAAAUUUACACUAAGUCUGUGUGAGGGAUAUGACCAUUUCUUUAUUUUAAAGCAAAAAAAAAAAAGGUUUUUGUGGGGGUGGAAGAGUUAUUUUAUACAGAAUAAACUAUG